AUGUCGGUUAAUGCGAUUAGCUUCACCCAGUAGAAAGCUAACUGUACCAAAUGCUGAAAGUGGUUCGGAUAUUAGUCCAUUAGUAAACUUACUCAUAGGAUGUUGUGCUGACAGUGUGCUGUAGCUUUUAGCAUCGGUUUUAUGACGAAUUGAUUCGUGUCAAGUAGAAACUCGUGAGCAGCAGAAACAGAGGAACUUAUUCACUAUUUGACUGAAGACUAGCUGACUGUUAAUCUGUAAUUUAUUGGAAGGUCUGGUGGAGAUAUAGGAAAAGACAAACCGAAAAACCAGUCAGAUUUGUUAGUUUAUAGUUUACGAUGCAGUUUCUGGGACGGAUACUUGACUCAGUUGCCUCAACUCUCUUGGCCAACCCAUACCGCGUCAAGGAUGUGGCAGCAUCUGAAUAUGGAGGACACAUCCCAGUCCGUGUGGAAGGACGCAUGUCCCUGUACAAAAACAAAGGGAGUGACUGCUGGGACUGUGUCCUAGUGUGUCCAGAAACACCGACUGUCAGCCUGAGACUCUUUCAAGUGUCUUCAGAGGAAGAUGCUAUGAACUGGUUUCCUCACUAUGCUCUCAAGCUUCGACCCUUCUAUGAGACACUUCCUCUGAAGGCUGAGACCACCCAGCCAAUAGUGGACUGUAUCCGCAACUACCCUGAUUGGAGCACCGCCCACAUUGCUGUAGAUAGAGGGCUGAGGGAGUGUCUCAAACAUAACCAUGUCCAGAGUCAGAUCAAUGCACGGAACGCUUCAGGUCAGACUCCGCUGCACCUGGCAUGUGAGCGAGGCGAUGCCACAUGUGUGAAGGAGCUGUUGGAGGAAAGUCAGGCUCGAACCGACAUCAAGGACCGAAACGGCGAGACACCCAUGCACUGCGCUGCCAAACAGGACUCAUCUGUCAUCAUCCAGGUCCUGUGUUCACGGAUGUGUCCAGGGGUGAAUGAGCUGAGUGACAUCGGGGAAACGCCGCUUCAUGUGGCCUGUCGUCUCGGACGCGUGGAGACAGUUAAAGCCCUGUUGGGAGGCGGGGCCAAGUGUGAUGUUAUUGGUUGUAAUGGCUACCCCAUCCACACUGCCAUGAAGUACAGCGAGAGGGGGUGUGUAGAGGAGAUUCUCAACGCAGACUUCAACCAGCUCCAGGCUGUGGACGCUAUAUAUGGAGGGACUCCUCUGCACUGGUCCAAAACUGCUGAGCUGUGUCAUUUUCUGCUGGAUAAGGGGUGUCCAGUGAACUACCUCAGUAAGACGGGGGAGAGCGCCCUCCACAUUUUGACCAAGAAAGGCCGCUUUGAAGCGGCCAUGGUGCUGCUCAUCAACGGAGCGAAUGCCAACCUGCAGGGCCAGGAUGGAAACACAGCGCUGCAUUUAGCGAUGAAGAAAGACAGCAUGGACUUGAUCAAAGCUUUGAUUGUAUUCGGGGCGGAUGUGGAAAUCCACAACGACCUUGGAGAAACACCCGGACUGAUCGCUGCACGAAACAGCAAGGGUCCUAAUAGAAAAAUACUGCUGGACAUGCUGUGUAGUGUGGGUGUGCAGCGUUGCCUUCCCCCUUCACCCAACAGCCCACCUACUAGCUCCAACAAGGCCAGGCCUCCAAGCACAGGGUUGGAGUCACUCAUGAAUAUAGGAACAACAGUUGGUGCAAUGAACAAAGACACAUCUGAAGUGGAUGCCACCAACAUGUAUAAAAAGGGUAGGAUGGACCGGCUCCUGUGUCUGGACGGUGGUGGUAUUAAAGGCCUGGUGCUGAUCCAGAUGCUGAUUGCUCUGGAGAGGGAGGCGGGUCGGCCGACUCGAGAGCUGUUUGACUGGGUGGCCGGAACAAGCACCGGGGGCAUUCUCGCCCUAGCUAUAAUCCACGGAAAGUCUAUGGAGUAUCUGCGCUGCCUGUACUUCAGGAUGAAAGAACAAGUGUUUAAAGGGUCACGGCCCUAUGAGUCAGCACCACUGGAAGACUUUCUGAAGAAAGAAUUUGGAGAGAAUACCAGAAUGACUGACGUCAAGCACCCCAGGGUGAUGGUGACCAGUGUUCUGGCAGACAGACAUCCAGGAGAACUCCACAUCUUCAGGAACUACGACCCACCCUCCGCCCAGAGGGAGCCCCCCUAUGCAACCACUGCCACGUUCAAACCCCUCACCAGCCCACAAGACCAGCUGGUGUGGCGAGCGGCCCGCUCCAGCGGCGCAGCCCCUACAUAUUUCCGACCCAUGGGCCGUUUUCUGGAUGGGGGGCUGUUGGCCAACAAUCCGACACUUGACGCCCUGUCAGAAAUCCACCAGUACAACAAAUCUUUAAAAGAAGAGGGCCGUGGAGAGAAGGUCAAGAAGUUGGGUAUAGUGGUCUCCCUCGGUACCGGGAAGCUCCCUCAGGUGAUGGUGAGCUCUGUGGAUGUUUUCCGACCCUCCAACCCUCUGGAACUGGCGAAGAGCUUCGUAGGAGCCAAGGAGCUGGGCAAGAUGCUGGUGGACUGUUGUACGGACUCUGACGGUUGUGCGGUGGACAGAUCCAGAGCCUGGUGCGAGAUGAUCGAUACAGUCUACCACAGGUUGAGUCCUCAGCUGUCUCAGGAAGUGAUGUUGGACGAGGUGAGUGACGCGGUGUUGGUGGACAUGCUGUGGGAAACGCAGAUGUACCUGUACGAGAAGAGAGACGUCCUGCAGUCCCUGGCCAAGGAGCUGCUGUAAACGCACCAAAAAAAAAAAAAAACACUGAGAAGGCGAUGCUGACAGAAGGAAAC